AAUGAACGCGGCUCGGACAAAUAUUCUUCCAAAGAGGCAAUAAGAAAUAUAAGUUUUGUAUGAGAUCAACCCUAUUUUUAAGUUCAUAUUGCGAAAUCCGCUUGAUCAAUAACCAAAACGACAGAGAAUAUACUAUAAGAGAUCCAGCCCACACUUCCUCCGCUCAUUAAUACUUUUCCGAAGUCUUUUUCCAACGAAGCGAAGAAAGAUAGCAUGUCAGUAAAUUCAGAUGAAAAUAACCGGUCUACAACUAAGGGGCCACCAACUCAAGAGGAAUACUUCCCAGAUGGAGCGGGGAAUAUUGAGAGCAACUGUGACCAAGUUGUAGAGUCGUUUGAUGAUAUGUACCUGAGAGAAGAGCUUCUCAGGGGUAUAUAUGCUUAUGGUUUUGAAAAACCUUCUGCUAUUCAACAGAGGGCUAUUUUACCUUGUAUUAAAGGAUGUGAUGUUAUUGCCCAAGCCCAAUCUGGUACGGGCAAAACUGCCACUUUCUCCAUUGCAAUUUUGCAAAAACUGGAUCUGAAAGAUCAGAAUAUACAAGCUCUUGUAUUAGCCCCAACUAGAGAGUUGGCACAGCAGAUUCAGAAAGUAGUGUUGGCACUGGGAGAUUAUAUGGGUGCACAAUGUCACGCCUGUAUUGGAGGAACGCUAGUGCGAGAGGAUCAGAGGAGAUUUGAGAGUGGUACUGGUAUACAUGUUGUUGUUGGUACACCAGGACGUGUCAAUGAUAUGAUUGCCAGAAAAUCAAUGAGAACUGGUGGCAUUAAAAUGUUUGUACUUGAUGAGGCCGAUGAAAUGUUGUCUCGAGGAUUCAAGGAACAGAUUUAUGAUGUUUUUAGAAAAAUGCCCAAUGAAGUGCAGGUUGUACUAUUAUCUGCUACUAUGCCAACUGAUGUGUUGGAAGUAACUGAGAGGUUCAUGAGAGACCCAAUACGUAUUCUUGUUAAGAAAGAGGAAUUAACUCUUGAGGGUAUUAGACAGUUUUAUAUCCACGUAGAUAAAGAGGAAUGGAAACUUGAAACAUUAUGUGAUCUGUAUGAAACACUCACUAUUACUCAAGCUGUUAUAUUUUGCAAUACCAGAAGGAAGGUCGACUGGUUGACAUCUAAAAUGACCUCUCGAGACUUUACAGUUUCUGCCUUGCAUGGAGAGAUGGAUCAGAAGGAGAGAGAUGUAAUUAUGAAGGAAUUCCGGUCAGGUUCAAGUCGUGUGUUGAUCACCACUGAUUUAUUAGCUAGAGGAAUUGAUGUCCAACAAGUCUCUUUAGUUAUUAAUUAUGAUCUACCUACUAAUAGAGAGAAUUAUAUUCACAGAAUUGGUAGAGGUGGCAGAUUUGGACGAAAAGGUGUAGCUAUUAACUUUGUCACUGCGGAUGAUACUCGUAUUUUACGUGACAUUGAAACAUUUUACAAUACAACUGUUGAAGAGAUGCCUAUGAAUGUGGCUGAUCUACUUUAAUUGACAGUUGUUAUAGCAGAAUCAAAGAGAGUUCGAGAGACUUUAUUUUUCACUUGGAUCCUCAAAUAGCUCGACGGUGGACACCCUUGCUAGUGCUACAUCAAUAUCAUUUGUUUCAGAACUUUAUUCAUAAUCUUAGACAAGUGACAAUUUUGAAUUUUUAUUUAACUACUUGUAAAAACUCAUUGUUAUUAUACCCCCUUUUAUUUCUUGUCGUAUUGAGAUAACUACUUUCUGGAAAGUUAAGAACCGUGAAUGUGCUAUUUAUCUACUCCAAUUUCAUUGCUGUAAAUACUAAGUACAGCAUCAUUAAUCUAACUGUUGAAUUAUUUCCAUAUAAGAACCAAAAUGGUUCAAUAUGUGGGAAAACAUCCCAUAAUGUUGGGAAAAUGCCUGUUUAAAGAAAAUGAAAAAAAUAUCAGUAAAAUAGAAAAUAAAUGUGUAUCAAAUGUGAGGUGUGUACAUUCUUUGCUCCUUUUGUGGGAUCGUAUAAAACAUAACCAAAUAAAGUAAAAUAUGGGGUGAAAAUUGGCAUUUGAUAAUCGAUGAUCCUGAAAGGAGUGAUGGAAUGAAAAAGAUUGAAAACCCCUGAAGUAAUGCCAUUUUUGCACCAGAUUAACAUCAGAAAUUUUUCUUGUCAUUCAUUAACUACCUGACAUUAU